AUGAAAUGGAUUCAAUUAUUUUCAACGCAUGAAACAUCAAAUUUUGUUAGUGAUCGAAUUGGAUUAGAAAUCGAUGAUCAUAUUUAUAACUCAUCAUCAAGAUCUGAUUCUCCUCGAUCAUCUACAGAUUCCAUAACUCAAAAUCAUCAAAUAUCUUAUGCAAUUUUAAUAUUAUCGACAAAUUCAAAUGAAUUAGCUGAUUGUCAAAUAAUUAUUGUUAAUGUUCGAAAAAGAUUUUCAUUUAUUUACGAAAAUUACAAUGAAAAAAAUUUAUUUAUUUUUGAUAGAGAUUAUGCGAAGGAAAUCGAAGCUCAUCUCUGUUGUCAUGCUCUUCGAACAUCAAUAAUAUUUCUUCGAGAAGAUUAUACUUUAACUGAAGAUAUUGAAAAUGUUGUUCGUUCACAAUUUUUAUAUAGAAUUAUUGAAAUGCCUAUGCAUGAAGAACGACGUACAGCUUCUUUUCAUAUUCUAUAUGGAUAA